CAAACAAAACAAGUCGUAGGGCUGACCCAUAUUUUCUGUUCCAACUCCUACCUUCUUCACCUGCUUCUACUGCUGCUGCUGCAAUAGGGAGACAAGACAGAGAUGAGGCUGCUUACGCACAACAUGCUAUCUUCCAACAUAAAGGGAGUCGCAAACGGAUUCCCACUCCGAAUCGAAGCAGAGACAGUAAUUAAAAAGGAAGUUGAUUUCAAUCCAGAUUUUCUCAAAAACAUGUUCGCAAAAAUCGAAUGGAAAGCUCUCGUGGACGCUGCAAAAGCCAUGGGAUACGCCGAGCUGCCGGAGGAAGCGGAGUGCGCGAUGCUCGAAUCGGAAGAGUUUAUGAGGAAAUUUCACCACGCGGUGUUAGAGGUUGAUCUUGAGGAAGGAGCUUUGAUUUGCCCUGAAACGGGUCGGAAAUUUCCUGUCAAGAAAGGGAUUCCUAAUAUGCUUCUUCUUGAAGAUGAGGUUUGAUUUUGUAAUUAGGGUUUAAGGUUUUGUUUUUCUUGGGUAGUUUAUGAAGAUUUUGAUGUUGAAUUGGUGUCUUAUUAGGUGUAAUAUUUUCUUGGUAUAAGAAAUUAUUUGGAACUCUCUGAUCUGUAAUGUAAAUGAUUUAAUUUUUUUGAUUA